GUUUCAUAACUCCCCAGGAGGCGGGGCUCGGUUUUCUGGAAGCUCGGUGUAGCUGAGAGGGUGACGGAGCCGCGCGGGGUGACGGCGCGAGGACGGAGGUGACACCGCGGCUGGACAGUGCUGCCUUUCCGAGGAGGAGCAGCCGGACCGGGACUCCCGGUACCUUUGGGAGACUUGUCCAGAGAAGUGCGCGCGCAGCCCUGAACACCGGAGCCGUCAGGGGUGAUGUCGGUAACUGGAAGGCACCUGGAGCAGCGGCUCUAAGCCCAGGCUGCUCCCAGCACCGCCCGCCGGGUCACACCCGCAGGAAGUGCGCGCGGUGUUUCACAGCUCCACGCGCCUUCUUGUUGUUUGCCGGGAGAUCUGGAAGCUGUGUGGGAGAGGCGGUGCCGGACCGGUGGCUCCCCGAACUGGAUUACUAACACCCCCCGCGCCGUCUCCCCUGCGCUUUGGGGGAGACGUGGGGGUCAAGAAAGGAGGCUACAACUGGGAAUAAGAAGCUUUGCAACUCUUUGCGGGAUUUCUUGCGUUUGACGUGUUUUUUUUUCAUAUGUUGCUGUAAAAUAGUGCGCGCUCCUCUUUUCGGAGCACAGUCAUACGGGUUGGGACGCUUGUUUUGGGGGUGUCAGUCCUCCCCAGGGCCGGCUCGGGACUAUGGCGGACGACGACAUUCUCUUUGAAGAUGUGUACGAGCUCUGCGAGGUCAUCGGCAAGGGCCCCUUCAGUGUGGUGAGGAGAUGCAUCAACAGAGAGACAGGGCAGCAGUUUGCUGUCAAAAUCGUGGAUGUGGCCCAGUUCACUUCCAGUCCUGGACUCAGCACAGAAGAUCUGAAGAGAGAAGCCAGCAUCUGCCACAUGCUGAAGCACCCCCACAUCGUGGAGCUUCUGGAGACGUACAGCUCAGAUGGCAUGCUCUAUAUGGUUUUCGAAUUUAUGGAUGGAGCAGACCUGUGCUUUGAGAUCGUGAAGAGAGCCGACGCCGGUUUCGUCUACAGUGAAGCAGUAGCCAGUCACUACAUGAGACAGAUCCUCGAGGCGCUCCGCUACUGCCAUGACAACAACAUCAUCCACCGAGACGUCAAGCCUCACUGUGUGCUGCUGGCAUCCAAAGAGAACUCCGCUCCGGUCAAGUUGGGUGGGUUCGGAGUGGCGAUCCAGCUGGGAGAAUCGGGACUGGUGGCAGGAGGUCGUGUUGGAACUCCUCACUUUAUGGCCCCAGAGGUGGUGAAGAGGGAACCUUACGGUAAACCCGUGGAUGUGUGGGGCUGCGGAGUCAUCCUCUUCAUCCUGCUGUCGGGGUGCCUCCCAUUUUACGGCACCAAGGAGCGAUUGUUUGAAGCCAUUUGCAAAGGCAAAUACAAGCAGUUGAAUCCUCGCCAGUGGGCACAGAUUUCAGAGAGCGCCAAGGACCUUGUGAGACGUAUGCUGAUGCUGGACCCAGCAGAGAGAAUCACCGUCUACGAGGCUCUAAACCACCCCUGGCUCAAGGAGAGGGACCGGUAUGCCUAUAAAAUCCACCUGCCGGAGACCGUGGAGCAGCUGAGAAAGUUCAACUCCAGGCGAAAGCUCAAGGGGGCGGUGCUGGCUGCCGUGUCGAGUCACAAGUUCAGCUCCUUCUACGGAGACCCCCCUGAGGAACUCCACGAGUUCUCUGAUGACCCCUCCUCCUCAGGACUUCUCGCAGCAGAACGCGCUGUGUCUCAGGUGUUGGACAGCUUAGAAGAGAUCCACGCUCUCACAGACUGCAGUGAAAAGGACCUAGAUUUCCUCCACAGUGUUUUCCAGGACCAACAUCUACACACCCUGCUCGAUCUUUACGAUAAGAUCAACACCAAGUCCACCCCACAGAUCCGGAACCCCCCCAGUGAUGCUGUGCAGAAAGCCAAAGAGGUCCUGGAAGAAAUCUCCUGCUACUCUGAGAAGUACGAAGCUAAAGAACUUAGACGGAUAUUAACACAGCCCCAUUUCAUGGCGCUGCUGCAGACCCACGACGUGGUUGCCCAUGAAGUUUACAGUGACGAGGCAUUGCGGGUGACCCCUCCACCCACCUCACCAUACCUUAACGGAGACUCUCCGGAGAGCGCCAAUGGAGACAUGGACCUGGAGAAUGUCACCAGAGUGCGUCUAGUCCAGUUCCAGAAAAACACAGACGAGCCGAUGGGCAUCACGCUGAAGAUGAACGACUCCAACCAUUGCAUUGUUGCAAGGAUAAUGCACGGAGGAAUGAUCCACAGGCAAGGAACGUUGCACGUUGGAGAUGAGAUCAGGGAAAUCAACAGCAUCAGUGUGGCCAACCAGACAGUGGAGCAGUUGCAGAAGAUGCUGAGAGACAUGAGAGGAAGCAUAACCUUCAAAAUAGUACCAAGUUACCGGACGCAAGGCUCUUCGUGUGAGAAAGAGUCCCCCAACACCUCCCGGCAGUCUCCUGCCAAUGGCCACUCCAGCAUUAACAGUUCAGUCUUGGACCUGCCAUCCACCAUCCAGCCCAAAGGUCGACAGAUUUACGUAAGGGCCCAGUUUGAAUACGAUCCCUCCAAAGAUGAACUCAUCCCCUGCAAAGAGGCCGGUAUCCGUUUUCGGAUGGGCGACAUCAUCCAGAUUAUCUCCAAGGACGACCACAACUGGUGGCAAGGAAAGUUGGAGAACACCAAGAAUGGCACAGCAGGCCUUAUCCCGUCGCCGGAGCUGCAGGAGUGGCGUGUGGCAUGCAUCGCCAUGGAGAAGACCAAGCAGGAGCAGCAGGCCAGCUGUACCUGGUUUGGCAAGAAGAAGAAGCAGUACAAAGAUAAAUAUCUGGCAAAGCACAAUGCAGUGUUUGAUCAACUAGAUCUGGUCACGUACGAAGAGGUCGUGAAGCUUCCUGCCUUCAAGAGGAAAACACUAGUUUUGUUAGGUGCUCAUGGAGUGGGCAGAAGACACAUCAAGAACACAAUCAUAACCAAACACCCUGACAGAUUUGCCUACCCCAUCCCACACACAACCAGACCUCCAAAGAAGGACGAGGAUAACGGGAAAAACUACUACUUUGUUUCUCACGACCAGAUGAUGCAGGACAUCAGCAACAAUGAAUACCUGGAGUACGGCAGCCAUGAGGACGCCAUGUACGGGACGCGGCUGGAGACCAUUCGGAAGAUUCACGAGCAGGGACUUGUUGCUAUACUAGACGUUGAACCUCAGGCCCUAAAGGUCCUGCGGACUGCAGAGUUUGCGCCAUAUAUAAUUUUUAUUGCUGCUCCAACUAUCACACCAGGCAUCAAUGAGACACCCAGGUGGUGUCGAACGCUGCCAGACGAGUCACUCCAACGGCUACAGAGAGAGUCAGAAGUCUUGCAGAAGACCUACGCCCACUACUUUGACAUGACCAUUAUCAACAACGAGAUUGACGAGACCAUCGGGCACCUGGAGGAGGCUAUGGAGCAGGUGUGCACCACCAGUCAGUGGGUCCCUGUGUCCUGGGUCUACUGAACUCAGCCAAACCUCACUCCAGCAGCAGUACCUUGGACCAUCCUCUGUACAUAUCAUUAUGACAUUAUGAAGAUAAAAAACACUAUCUGGUAUAAAUCAGAAGAACUGGAUCAGAAAUGUCUUGAACGUGGUGUGAAAGCAACCACAGCAUUCCCCAGACUGCACCCCCUCCCCCUCUGCAGCUCAGAGUCGGACUCCGGCAAAUGGCCUAUGUCACGGUGUUGUACAAAAACAGAGUUAACAAAAAGUGAAUAUUGUCAUGUCUGUACUAGCUACAAGGCAAUUUUUUAAUAGAUGUUUGUUUUAAAGAGACAGUACCGUGUUCCUGUCCUCAUGUUUGUCGCACGCUGUAGUCCUGUUGGGUGACGUGAACCACCUCCAGUCAGACACUGACAGUGAUAUUCUCUCAGCAGACCGAGGGAAAAGCACACAAACACACUGCAGUGUCUUAUCCCCUGUAGGUCAUAUCAGCAGCCCCCGUUACUUAUUCAUCUAGUUGUUUUCUGAGCCGUAACACGUUAAUUCCUCUCAUCUAUCUUGUUAGUGCUCAGUUCGGAUCUGAAACCGGUGCGCUCGCGCACAAAGUACUGUCUCUUCUAAAUCAGCCUGUACGUGUUUAAGAGAUUUGAAUGAAGUUAUCUUGCAUGUGGACAUUUGCAAACUUUCAUCAGUCAGUCAGUGUUACCCUGUGAACUUCCAUUAAAAAAAUGUUCAAACAUUUGAAUGAAAAAAUAAACAUUCCAUUUUUUUUGGAAAACUGAACUGAACAAAAAAAAAAAAAAGUGGCAAAACAAAUUGUGACGGAGCUGGACAUUGACUCCUAUGCAUAUCCCUCGAGUUUUGAGUGACAUUUCUAAAACCACAGAUUUCUAAAAAAUAAAAUAAAAUAAAUAAAAAAUAAAAGAUUGAUCAUGUAAGUGAGAUGUAUUUGUAAGGGGAAAAAAAUCUAAUAAAAGUCUUGAUUUGUU